AAUAAUGUUCAAUGAAACGCUGUUUGACCAAAAAAUCGGAUUAUCGACAAUAUAUUGUGAGAUUCUGAAUGUUAUUUGGCCAGUUUUUCACAAGCAGUCGAUCGAAAAUGAGCCAAAAUUUAAACAUGAAAACAAUCGUGAUUCUUUUUGUUUUGCUCAAUUCAUUGGUGGAUUGCAAGCCAAUAGAGCAUACAACUAAAUCGUCAUCUUUGCUAAACGCUGCAGAGGUAAAUCAUAGUGGCAAAAGUGGCAUAAAUAUUCAGACAAGGAAUGCUGCGCGAAUGUCGUUGCCAAAUGAUGUUGAAUGGAUUCAACCGACAACUGUAUCAAAUCAACAGCAAGUUUUACCCAAUAUGACUUCAGCGGUCGGCUCACUAUUCGAACUAAUACUAGCGAUUCCGAUUGGUGUACUUCAAUCGGUGGGCAACCUUCUUAGAUCUGCAACGACACCGCGCCGAUUUUAAGAGUAAUUUCAACGUACUUUUUAUCAUCAACUUUGGAUAGAUUUUAUUUGGUGCUCAUUAAGCACCGACAAUAAUGCCAGGAUCGUUCUUUUGGCCAACUCUUCAAAAUAAGCUAGUUGUAGUGCGUUUGCCUUGACUUUCACCCUUGAUUACUGAUUCGUUAUGUAAUAAUGUAGCACAAAAUUCGGUGUUAGUUAAAUCAUAAGCUGUAAUAGUGAUAA